AUGUCUUCUCAAAAUUCUGAAGUGGAAAAUAUGAUUGUCGAAGUAGAACCAGGAGUUAAUCUCGAAGAUGACAAUGAGGUUGUGUCUUCAACACAUCGAAGUCCUGUUUGGAAUUUUUUUAAACUCUGUACUGAAGAAUACCGAAAAGCAAUAUGUAAUACUUGCUCGAAAGUAUUAAAAUUACCAACAUCUACCACGUCACCUAUGUUAAAGCAUUUAAAAUCGAAACACUCUACCUUAUAUCAGCUAUGUGAGGAAAUAGGAAAAAAACGUAAGGUUGUAGAAGAAAAUAAAAGUACUGAAAUAUCGUCAAAACGUCAAAAACUCGGGCCACCUACUAAAGCAGAGCUAGAUCAACUUUGUAUGGAGAUGAUAGCAAUCGAUAUGAAACCUUUCUCUUGUGUUGAAGAUAAAGGUUUUCAACGAUUAUUAAAAAGAUUCGAUGAUACUUAUGAUCCGCCAUCACGUACUACUUGCUCGCGUAGUCUCUGUCCCAACUUAUAUGAACAAAUAAAACAAAAAUUGAUGGACGAACUGCAAAACGAUAUAGCAUCAGGCUUAAUGAGUUUAUCUUUCACUACGGAUGGCUGGAAGUCAAGAUCUGGGCAUCAUUACUUAUCAUUAACUGUUCAUUACAUGACAGUUGAUUUUGAAUUAAAAAAUAUUAUGAUUGGUCUAACACAACUUGAAGAUCGUCACACCGGAAGUAAUAUUAAAGCAAAACUUGAAGAAAUGUUGUUGGAAUGGAAUUUAUUAGAUGUUCCCAAUGUUCCAAUUUACUUUACUACUGACAAUGGUGCUAAUAUCUGUAAUGCUAUCCGUAAAGGUGGUUGGAAUCACAUCUAUUGUUUUGCACACAUGCUUCAACUGGUUAUAAAAGAUUGCCAAAAACACACUAAAGGAAUUGAUAAAUUAUUAAAAAAGGCACGACGUAUAUCAACGCACUUUCACCAUUCUGACCCGGCUCGAUGA